AUGCCCACCCGACGAAGCCAUGCAAAGUCACGUCACGGCUGUCUAGCUUGCAAGACCAGGAAAGUCAAGUGCGAUGAAGUGCGGCCACAAUGUAGCAACUGUGUGAAACGCCAGGUGGACUGUGAAUAUGCCUCGAUCGGGCCGAUUCUGUGGACGAAUGGGGCCUCAAGCACAGCAGCGAGAUCCUCGACGGCCUCAUUGGCUUCUUCUCAGCAGUCAGACAGGACCACAUCGGCAGAAAACGGUCUGAGGAUCUUUGAAAACCUGUCCACGGAAAGUUCAGCCUCGAUGCCCGCAUCAAAAGAGCUCAACCUGGACGACUUGGAGUUGAUGAUGCAGUGGUGCAACUCGACAUACCAGACGUCGUCACGAGACGAGAAGACAGACCACAUCUGGCGAGUGCGCGUUCCUGAAGAGGCGUUAUCCUACCCAUUCCUCAUGCACGGCAUUCUGGCACUCUCAGCACUCCAUCUGGCCCGCACAAGCAGCGACCCUCAAAAAAGGUCGAACUAUCUCAACAGCGCCAUAUCGCAUCAGGAUCAGGGCCUGGCGGAAUAUCGAGGGCGACUGAACGACAUCAACGCCGCCAAUUGGCGGGCCAUGUUUGUCUUCUCGACCAUCGUCACCGUGUAUGCUUUUGGCUAUCCUCACCCGCCUGAAUGGGAGGACCCAUGGACGCCGGUGGAUGAUCUCCGUCAGGUUCUCCUGUUGACCCGUGGCGUGCAGGUGGUGCUCAGUACGACAAUCCCGUGGGUGGAAAGAAGUGAAUUCGCCAUCAUUCUGCAGAUCGAUGACCAGGUCCAUCCCGUUCCAGACGCGGUCCAGGCGGCCCUGGAUCGACUUUCCGAGAUGAACGACAUCUGCGCCCAGCAGCAGAUGGAGCACCACGAUCACGAGGCGUGUGCGAUUGCCAUCGAGCAACUGGGUGUUAUGUUUGGCGAGUUUGAGAAGGAAGCUCCCUCACUGAAGAACAUAGCGGCACGAUGGGCUAUCAAGGUGGCGGGGCGGUAUUUCGACUGUCUGCAAGCCAGAUCGCCUUUAGCCCUAGUGAUCCUUGCCCAUUAUUGUCUGAUCCUCCACCGGCUCAGGGAAUUUUGGUGGGCAGAGGGGUGGAGCACCCGGGUUUUGAGAGCGAUAUGGGUAUUAGUGGAUGAUCGAUGGCGGCAAUUGAUGUCCUGGGUCAUGGAGGAGGUGUUUGGUCCUGGAUUUUCGGACAUUAUCGCAACGUCAGGGGCAGCAAUACAAACUUAG